AUGCACACCCUCGCGACGGUAGCAACGGUGCUUACCGCGCUGCUGGCGGUGUCGGCACAGCAGUACCAGCAACCCGGCGGCAAUUACGUUGACGAUUAUGCCCAGUACGACUCCCAACGACCUAGCCAGCCGACCCCGCGUAGCUACGCGAGCAACGCCGUGCCGGACCGCCAGUCGGCCGCGCCGGCGAAUCCGAAGCCGACGCCGGUGGCGAUCCUGAAGCAGAUCAAUCGCCACAACGAGGACGGCUCGUACACGUACGGUUUCGAGGGCGCCGACGGCUCGUUCAAGAUCGAGACCAAGCUGCCGACCGGCGACGUGAAGGGCAAGUACGGCUUCGUCGACGACACCGGCAAGGUCCGUAUAGUCGAGUACGGCGCGAACCAGUACGGCUUCCAGCCGGCCGGUGAGGGCAUCACCGUGGCCCCGCCGACCCUGUUCGACGAGACCACCAGCAAGGAGGCCCUCGAGGCGCAGGCCUACGAGGAGUAUCAGCAGCAGCAGCAGCAGCAGCAACAGCAGCGGCAACUGGCCGCUCGUCCGGCUUACCAGCAGCAGUCGCACACCCAGGCCGUGUACGCUCCCGCGCAGGUAGCCCCGAGCAGACCCGCGCUUCCCAAACCGCCCAUCUUCACCCCGGCAGCACCCCAAGCGGCGCCACGGCAGUCCGCCCUGCUGCCGCAGAACUACGACGGACCUCCGGCGCCGGCCUCGCAGCUCUACAAUCAGGGACCAGCUCAAUUCGCCCCGGCGCCGGCCGCCCAGGACCAAGACCGUGCCCAGCCGCAGACCCGCAGCGGCGGCGGCGGUAUCCUGGACCAGCUCGCCAGGGACUACGCUCUGCCUCAGGGAGUGGCGCCGCCGUUGCACGACAUCAGCUUCGGCUACUACUAGGCCCGUCUAGUCUCCUGCCCCCUUUGCCCGUCGAAGAGUACGAGAGUCCGGGAUCAAUCGUCGGAGCCUCAGCAAAAUUUUACCGCCGCUCAGCUAUAACGCUAUAUAUUCUAAUAGUUUUCCAUAGAAUAGCUGUACUUUACGUCGCUGUAGAGUUUAAUUCUUGUGUAUAGCAAUUAAGCGCUAUACACACUAUAAUAUAGCUAUUUAAGAGUUACCGUGUAAUUACGAUUGAUCCCAGACUCGACUGCUUGUUCCCGGUUGCGUGUUGGUCUUGUAUUCUAUUCGUGAAUGGAACGUGUUGGCGAUUGAAUAACUCGUCGUAAUCACGGCGUGGUCCACUCUCGCCGAAGUGGACGGCACUGUGAUUGAUGAUCGUCGCGAAUAGACCGUCGAUUACGAUCGAAAGUUGAGAACUUCUAGUCUAUUGACGUCUGAAGUUGCGAGAAAUUGAAAAAAAAAAAAAGAUUCUAGCUCGUUCACGUAACACACAAUUUUUUUCAUAUUAAUAAUAUUUAAAUAACAAUUAAAAAUAUCUAUCCAUGAGACAAAAAAACAAUCUCAUAUAUUUCACAUUGCGUCAGCGGGAAACUGUGAUAAGUUGACAAAAUAUAAAACAAUUUUGAUAGAAAUUAAUACGUUGUUCAAGUGGAUUUUAGCCUUUCCUUUUUUGACGUUAGAAAUUAAUUAAGAUAAAGUUUUUCAAGGUCUCCUAAAAGCGAGAAAUGCUGAUUUUUCGAGCAAAUAGACGUCAAGGUCUAAGUUCUCAACUUCGAUUAUUUUCACGGUCCAUCGAGUUAUAAUAUUAGAGAGUAAUAUUUGAGCAUCAUCUUUUUAUCGAUCAUUAAAAUUAUUGUUAUACACACAUCACUCAUCGAAGAAUUGCCCAGAUAACAAGCGGUACCGAUUAGUAAGAGUUGUAAAAAGAAUGUAAAUAAAAAUUUCUCGUCUCUCCCUUCUGUGGGCGUUCGCUUUUACUCCGGAAAACGCAGUUCGCCUUGAGAACUCGCCAUCCUGGAGUACCAUUGCGAUCAGUCGGAAUUGCGUUUUCACGACGAAGUUCCGCGAGAAUGUUAUGUUAAUUGGGCGUGCUUACCAUUGUAAUUAGAUUAUUGUAAGGUAAUUCGAGUGGAAUAAAGUGAGGCCAAUACUAAA